AACUCAAAGAGACAUCCAGUGAAUCUAAUCCGACCCGGUCAUUCAAACAACGCUUCCAAAACACCAUGCUCCUGUCAUGCUAGCAAAUCUUCCUUCAAUCGCCGUUGGUCAUUCGUUUCAGAGGGUUUCCUUUGCGCCCAGUGGCAUUCUCGCGCUGUUCUCAUUCUUAAACCUCGUCAAGUCCCCUUGCAUCAACUUCCUCAAGUUACCCAUAUCCUGGAGGUAUUGCUGCAUUUCUUCUUGCAACUCAUCCUCGCCAUAUGCUGUGCUCUCCGAAUCAUACUGAUCGUCAUCGUACUCACUAUAUUCGGAGGCAUUCUCCUUGUCCUGCUCGUCGACUUCUCCCUCUGGUUUUACGGCAACAGGAGGAAUAGGGUUCUUGAGGCUUUCGAUGGCAAGCUUCAGGUGCAGUUUCAAGGCCUCAUUCUCCGUCUGAAGCUUCUUGAUCUUGCUCUCAGCUACCAUGCUGCGCUCCUCCAUCAUGCGCUGCAUAGAGUUGACAUGAGUCUGGUACUCCUCCAGUUUGUCCUCAGCUUCCUUGGCGUUCUUCUCACGCUGUCUCGAGUCUGAUACGGAAAGCUGCAGAAUGCGAAUUUCCUCCGCCAUGGCAGCAAUCUGCGCGUCUCGCUCGGCUGUUGAUAUGUGAUCCUGGUUGACAACCGCUCUGGUCCGGAUUCGUUUGGCUUGGUCGGCAUAUCGUAGCGUGGAAAGGGUUUCAUCGUAGUCUGAGGGUGCGAUGCAGGCAAUCAUGGCUGUCUUGCUGUUUCCGCCUAGUGAGUCUUUGAGAAGCCAGGUGAGGAUUGAGUCUCGGUAUGGGACAACCUCUUUUCGCUUCCCACCCCUUCCGGCCUUGGGGUCUGCUAGAGCGGCGAUUACACGUCCCAGCGUGGUGAGUGAUUUGUUGAUGUUGCUACCUUCACGUAAUCGCGCACCAGUAGCCUCGGUGGCCUUCGCCCUCUCGCUACCAGCGAGAUCCACCAGUCGAAUGCGGGAGCUUCGCUCGGUCGUCUCGUCGGUUUCCAUAUCGUGGUGAAUUUGUUUCAGCAUGAUUGUGAAAACGGCGUGACUUCGACUACUUGUAUCGUUCAUCUUUGUGCUCGCUACCGUACGAGAUGUAUCGCCCAAUUUCAUGUAGCGUAGAAUCUCAUUGAUGUUUCGCACGGGCACCUCGGUAAGAUCCUUGACGUAUGGGCCCUCGGUGGGAGAUUCGCGAAUCUUGAGAUAAUUGGGCGCCUUGUGCGUUUGCGGAGGAACGAGGAGGUCACGGACGUGCUCAUUGUAGACUUCAAAGUACGAGACGCGAACAUUAUAGGCGACAUUUGAGUUCUCGCAGUGAGCGGCGUCGAUACGCUCAAAGAGAUCCUCGCAAGUCCGAGGAAUCAGGCCAGGCUGGUCUGGGGUGCCCAUCAUGGUGUAACUCUUUCCAGAUCCAGUCUGCCCGUAGGCAAAGAUACACGUGUGGUAGCCUUCGAAGUUGUGAUCGAGAAAGUCCUCGCCAAGGCUGUUGUAAACGUCUUCCUGAGUGGCGUAGUGCUUGUCGUUAGUGUCAUGACUCCAGAAGGAGUUAUCGAAAGUAAAUUUCUUCUCCUCGAUGACCUUCUUGGCCUUUAGCUUUGCAGCCUCUGGGUCAGGAUCAUCGGGUGCGGAGAGUGUUGUAAGUUGAGUGAUGGGGUCCAUUUGGAUCAGACAUUUUGCCUGGCGUUCAAGUUCUGUAGACUAGUCAGAUACAUAGGUUCUACGAAAAGGAGACCGGGUGCUUAAGUGUAUUCACCUCUCUUGAGAAACGCUCUCACUCGGACUACGACCUUGACAUUUCCUCCCCCUUCCAUUCUGGCGGGCAUGGAUAAAGCCGCAUCUCGAGAUCUCAGCGAUGGCGUUGAAGCCGAAGAGUGAACCCUGCCCUCAUAAAAAGACGCCGAGGGCGAUGAGGGAGAAGGCAUCAAUCUCGAGUCCAGAGCCAUCGUCAUAAGGAUGCUGUUGGCGUUGUCGAUGCUGUCGUGAAGUCGAUGUCGAAGAAUAACCCACAUCUCACCGUCUUCCCUUGUAGGUAUUUUUUGUUUACCAGCGUCAUUCACGUUGCUAGGGGCAGUUGCAGGGGUCCCCUGUAUGUGUAGUACAGGUUUUGACUGGUUUAACAGAAGGGGGCUUGGGCCAAGCGGCCCCAUUGAGACUCGGAAGCCCUAGUCUGAACCAGGUCUAGACUCAAGUCAAUCUCUGAAAGAAAUAUCACUCUUUUUGUCUACUGUUCUGUACUCGAGUUAUUCUGUCAUACCCAACAGCCCAAAUUCUAUGUCGCGGGGACCAAGUGACGCGAAUUAAACUCCAGCCACCCUUGAUCAGUUUUACUGCUAAUUAGGGCGCUGCACCUUAGCUGAGCUUAGCUUCCAGUGCCUACCUAAUAGGUACCUAGGUACGGAGUAGUAGGUUCAGAUACCUUUGCAGACGAAACGCGACAUCCAACAUUUGUCUUUCCUCUCUUCUUCUACUUCCCACAACAAUCUUUUGUCGCGUUUUCGACUACAACGAUCAAGCCGAAGAAACUAGUAUCGUACUUUACUGCGCGAUUUUUCGGGAAAUUUUACCACGUUUUUUACAAACUCAAUUUCUCUCGCUAUUUUCUCUCUGUCGCACUAUGGCGCGUACCAAGGAAGAUGUUGCGUCCAAGGGCGAUGCCUCGCCUCGCAUCCCCAAAUCCUCCGCCGGAGUGACCAAGAAUUCCGCUGAAGCUCCCGUCAAGCGCGGUCGGGGACGACCUCCCAAGGGUGCUGCUCCCAUGCCUAAGAAGGUCUAUGUUCCAACAGGACGCCCCCGCGGCCGACCCCCAGGUACUGGCAAGAAGGCCGCCGCUGGACCCAAGAAGGUCGCUGCAGUAAAUGAUGAUGGUACGCCAAAGCAGGGACGUGGUCGACCUCCUCGAGCUGCUCGCGGCACAGAGUCUGCUGCUACAACGCCCAAGGAUGGCAAGAAGCGUGGCAGAAAGCCAAAGGCUGCUGAUGUAUCAGAGGAUGAAGAGACCAAGCACGAUGAACCUGCCGACGAGGAUGAUGCUGCCAACGAGUCGCCCGCUAAGGACGAGGCAAAUGACGAGGAUGGCGAAGACUCCGAGUAGGAUUUCCAUUAUGACCAACAUAGAAAUCCUGACAUGAAUAAUCGGCGGAGGCGGAAUUUUCCUACUUUCAUUAUAGGGUCUGGGUUUGGUUGAUUUGCUUUAGGGUGCUUGGGAACACGAGGGGUGAGGGUCAGGAAGAAUUCAUGGAACUGUUAUACUGGGAUUGUGCUCUUCAGGAGUUGUACAAAUAUCAUGCUAAUUUACAGACGGGUAAAGCAGGCCCUUUUAUCCCAACCUUCUCUUAUCUAAAGUUUCUUCCAUGUCUCAUACUCCUCUUCAAGAUGUCGUUUUAGCUUUUGGAACUGGCUCCCAAAGUUGAGCCCACAUCUCCAGCACUUCAUCUCCCAGCGCAAAUAUGCCUCCUCCUUCGUGUUCCUGCGCGCAUCAUCAGCUGCAAGCGGAAAGUCGUCCAGAUCAACCAGAAACGGCGUAUUGAACGAAUUGUAGUGCUUGCGAUGUCUCAAGGCUUCAGA